CGUGACUGAUUACUUUGUUUACUGAAGUUUUAAACUUCAAACAAACUAAAGUUUUAUCUUGCAGUGUUGGUCAUUACUUGUUUACGGACGAUGGACAAAAGCUAAACUGGUGUGAUUUGUUGGGCUGUUUAUUCUAGCUUACCAGCAUUUAAUGUUCUCAAAAUAUUCAAGUCAGACUAAAGGUUAAGAGAUCUAAAGUUUCAGUGUUUGUAAAAAUCAUUCAGUAAAAUGGCAACCUUUUCACAAUCAACCAUUGACAAGGGAUCUGACAUAGUCCAAGACUUAUUGUGCUCGACCUGCGAAGACAAGACGCUUGAUAAAAUGGCUGAUUUCUACUGUGAAUCUUGUGUGAAGCUUUUCUGUGGAGAAUGUGUAAACAUGCACAACAAGUUGUUUACAAAACAUGCCCACUUUGGAAGAGGACAUAUGAAGAAAUGGCCAGUGGCCAAGAAGGUUGAAGAUUUUCUUCUGAAAUGUGAUAAUCAUAACGAAGAAAGCCUGAAUAUGUAUUGUGAUGAACACAGUGAGCUGUGCUGCACAAAUUGUGCAUUCCUUAAACACAGACUCUGCCAAAAGGUAACUCUUAUAUCCGACAAAGUGAAAGGUCGGUCCACAGACCUUCAAAAAUAGUCAUUUUCUAUCAAAACUAUUCUGGAAGAAAUAAAAAAACUUCAAGACAACCAAGAGGCUAACAAUCAAUUUGUUCAAAGUUCAUUUGACGAGCAGUUACACACAAUACAGGAAACACAUCAAAAUAUAAAUUCAGCCUUAUACACAAUGGAACAGAAGACACUGAAGGAAAUGAAAGAUACUCUCACGAAUCUUCAAGCCUUUUCCAAAAGUGAUGUUGACAAAUGCAUCAGGUUUAGGGACGAAUUGAAACAACUUCGUGACGCCAUACAGGAUAUCAGUGAUAAAAGCAAACUGGAACUAUUCUUUAUAGCCACCAGGAAAUGCAAGGACAAAAUACAGCAUUGUGAAAACUUUCUAAAGAAGAACUCUCUUGGGAAUAAAGUUUCAAUAACAUUCCAGCCUAACCAUGAAAUUAUACAGUACUUGUCUAAACUGUCUGGUCUUGGACAGAUUGAACACAGUACACAGACAUUGAUGGGGCAAGAUAAUCCAAACAAGGUGUUCAUUGUGCAGGGGAUGUCUGAACAUAAUUUAGGAAUGUCAAGUGAUUCAGAGGUAUGCAAUAUCUGUACCAUCUGUGUCUUCCCAGAAGGACAGGUCCUGGUAGCAGACGAUAAUAAUAACACAAUCAAGCUGCUUGACCAACAGUACCAGGUAGUGAGUCACUGGAGUGCUACUGGCACGCCAGCGGGUAUGUGUGAGAUCACACCCAGUGAGGUGGCUGUGACUGUGAAUGGUCCAGAUACAAACAUACAUGAGGUCCAGUUCAUCACAGUAAACAACAGGCAGCUGGUGAUGGAGAAAAAGCUUCAGUUACAACAUUUAUGUAGAGUAGACAGUUGUGCUGUGAGUCCCACAGGGGACAAGUUGUACAUCACUAACCACCCCAAGCACAAGCUUCUUAUCCUGGCCAGGGAUGGGUCAGUCCUGGUCACCUUUAGCACUGGCCUGGCCAACUCGUGUAAACGUGACACCUUCCGGGCAGGUGCGGGUAUGUGGAGGCCAAUACUCCAACUUCUAAAUCAUACAGUUGGACAGUGAGGGAAGAAGGAAGCUGGCCACUCUUGCUACGGAGAAGGAUGGAAUGGGUAACCCAUGGUCAGUCUGCUACAACAGACACACCACCUGCAUAAUUGUCGGACUUUUUAACAUCAAUAUUAUCCAGGUGUUCAAAGCACAAUAGUGUUUUUUAACAAGCAUCUUGUUUUAUUAUUCAGAUUAUUGAAAUUGGCCAUGAGAAUAUGCUGUUCUACAAUAGAGCAUUGUGAUAUGAUACCAUAACAAUGAUAUAAUUAAUAAAGGGUAUAUGUGAACAUUUUUAGUGUUAUGAAUGUAUUAAGUUGUUAAAUCUAUGAAAAUUAUUUGUAUAUUUCUAUUUCACUUAACACGUUAAAAUGAUUUUAGUUCAGAGAAUAAUUUUUGUUAUUUACCUUACAUCAAAAUCGCACUCGAUUUAUGUAUAUUGGCUUUCAUGUUUUUAACAUAUAUUACAAACGUAUAGAAGAUUACUUGAAAUUUGUUUAAUCCUUGAUUUUGAAAUAUGAUGAAAAUUGUUGUUCCUGCUUUGAAAACACCUUUCUUUAUAAAUUGAAAUGACCUUAACUCAGGUUUGGAUCAAAAUUAAUACCCAAUGAAAUGUUCAAAUAUUCUCUUCCAGUUCAAUUAAAUGAAUAAUGGUGAUUCAGCAUCGGCUAAUAUGAAAAUUAUAGCGAUGCAGCAUUUUUCCAUUUUGUUAACCCGAGUUUACAAUACGAAGCUGUUCGCACAAGAUUUUGCACUAUCAAAUUCAAGACAUUGUGUGUGUGCCCCUUUAUAUUUUCCAGAGUGUUUAUUUUUGCAAAUGGUUUUCUUAUAUAAAAAAAUUAGAGUUUAAUCAUAUAUUUUACCCUGUUACCUAUUUAAUACAACCAUAAAAUAUUAUUUUAAAUUACACAUGUGUAAGACAACAUUUUUAAACGUUUUCAUUGGCUUAGUUUUCGUUUAUUGACCAAUCGCAUUUUGUUAUUUUGCUGAAAUGACGUUGUAACGUCAAAUGAUGUCACGAAAUGUAAUCAACAUUCGGGAUUGAUCAUUAUGUUUGCGUAAACAUUUAUUUAAUUUGAUCAUUUAAAAGCAUGUGAUUCAAAAGAUCCGACACUUGUUGUCAUAUUAUACCAUAUUUUAUUAAACUCGUCCAGGAAAUUUGCCAAAGGCUCGCUUACUAACAAAAUUCCUGAACUCGUUUAAUAAAAUAUGGUAUAAUAUGACAACUCGUGCCAGAUCAAAUAUAUAUUGCAUUCUGUAAAAUAGUAUAUAUUAUA